GAAGUCCGGAGCAGAGCAAAAUCUCUAUGGUGCAUGUUUUUUGGGCAUCUAUAAUCCGAGAUAUCUCUGACACAAACGGAGAAGGAAAGGCAUGGCAACUAUGCAGGCGGUGAUGGGCAACCUUACAACGAUGGAGCGGCAAGUGUUAACGGCGGUGAAUACCGGCGGUUCGAGCCUGUCUUUGGUGGGGUCCGGAUUCAUAGCGUUGUGCUAUUUGCUCUUCAAGGAGCUCCGAAAGUUCUCCUUCAAGCUCGUCUUCUUCCUCGCCCUAUCCGAUAUGUGCUGCAGUUUCUUCAGCAUAAUUGGGGAUCCUUCCAAAGGAUUCUUUUGUUAUGUUCAGGGUUAUACAACACAUUUCUUCUGUGUAGCUUCUUUUCUUUGGACUACCACAAUUGCUUUUACCCUUCACCGAACUGUUGUUAGGCAUAAAACGGAUGUUGAAGAUUUGGAGCCUGUCUUUCAUUUAUAUGUUUGGGGAACUUCAAUUGUCAUGACAGUUAUACGCUCUAUUGGCAAUGACCAUAGGCAUAUAACUCGUCUAGGCAUCUUGUGCUGGGCACAAAGUGGGCGUGCAGCAAAGGCAGUUCACUUUGCUACUUUUUAUGCACCUCUUUGGGCUGCAAUCCUAUUUAAUGGCAUCACAUACUUUCAAGUAAUUCGGAUGCUUAACAAUGCAACUCGUAUGGCAGCUGGCAUGUCAGAUGCACGGACAGAUAUGAAGGCGCUCAACCGAUGGGGAUACUAUCCACUUAUUCUGAUAGGUUCAUGGUUUUUUGGCACAAUAAAUCGCAUACAUGACUUUCUUGAGCCAGACCAUAAAAUAUUUUGGCUUUCAGUACUUGACGUUGGUAUGGCUGCACUAAUGGGUCUCUUUAACUCAAUAGCAUAUGGCCUCAACUCAUCAGUGCGUCGGGCAAUUUAUGAAAGAUUGGACCUAUUGCCAGAAUGUGUGCGGAGAUGGCUCCCCAAGAGUUUCAGGUCAAGGGGGGGACAACAGCAAGAGGGUGAACUAAUUCCACUAAAAGUUGAGAACCAACGAUUGUGAAAGUGGAGGGGAAUGUACUAAAAACCAGUGAGAAAUCUGCUCGUCCAGGUCCCCAAGACUAUUUUUAGACAGGACUAAAAACCAGUGAACUAUUUUUUGCUCUUGUUUGUGCAGAGAUGAUAAAUGGUUGGCUCCAAGACUCGUUUUUUGCACAUUCAAUCUUUCCUUCGGGUUCUUUGGUCCAUACAUCAACACAGAUGUUAAAUCUGAAUCAACAGCCUCUCUUUCUUAAUGGAUUGCGAGAUGGUUAGGUUACUCUGAUCUACUGGGAAUCUUUACAAGAUGCGUGGGUUUAGGAUUAUCAUCACACUUUUGAAGGCAGCUGCAGUUGGCUAUGGCGAUGAUCUUAAUGAAGAUUAAUGACUUUUCUUCCAACAUUAUGCGCUUUUCAAAGUUUCAUGCUUUUUCCUCCAUUCUUCUGAAAAUUUCUUGUAUCUUAUCGUAUGUUGUACCCUUCGCAGGUUUAAAUUUGUAUGCACCCUGCUGAAUAUCCUAUAAUUAUGUAAGAUGAAGUCUUUAUUUCACAAUGCCAUAAUAGAA